CCCGAGGAGCGCCGCGGGCCGGGCUGCUGCCCGAGGGGCUGCGCCGGCAGGUAGAGCCCGGGCAGCGGGAGAACGGAGCACCGGCGCUUCAGCCCGCGCCCCGUGAGCCGUGCGGACCGCGGCGGGGAGCGCCGGGCGAGCGGUCCGAUCCAUGGCGCGCUUCCCGCACGGCGGCGGCGGCACUGUGUUAGCCCGGUGCCUCCGGUGGCUCCGGCAGCCCUGCGGGCGCUCCAUGCCUGCCUCCGAGGCCGUGCCGGAGCCGUCCCCCAGCAAGAGGCAGAAGGGCUCGGGGCCUGGAGAGACCUCCGCGCUGCUCCGCUUCACCAAGCUGUCCGAGAAUGCCUUCACCCCCUCCAGGGGUUCCCCGCGGGCUGCGGGCUACGAUCUGUACAGCGCCUAUGACUGUGUGAUACCGCCCAUGGAAAAGGCUGUGGUAAAAACAGACAUUCAAAUAGCACUCCCUUCUGGAUGCUAUGGCCGAGUAGCACCACGUUCUGGUUUAGCUGCAAAGCAUUUCAUAGAUGUUGGAGCUGGUGUUAUUGAUGAGGAUUACAGGGGAAAUAUUGGUGUGGUACUCUUCAACUUUGGCAAGGAGAUGUUUGAAGUUAAAAAAGGGGAUAGAAUUGCCCAGCUCAUCUGUGAACGCAUUUAUUAUCCUGAGCUAGAAGAAGUUGAAACUCUGGAUGAUACAGAACGUGGUGAAGGUGGCUUUGGCUCUACUGGAAAGAAUUGAAAAUUACUUGAAUGUGCUUCCUUUUUUUUUUUUUGUUGUUGUUGUUGCCCUGUUUCUAAAUUUUCAUCUGAAUUAGACGUAGGAUUUUUGGAGUACAUAAAAAUAUUUCAAGUUUUAUUGAGACUUCUCCCUAUCUAUCCUCCAGUGAAUUUGUCUCCAUAAUGAGCCAGUGCAUGACUGGCUUGACUUACUAGUUGAUGGCUUAUUUUUUCUUUCAAGAUGUUUGGUCCACAGCAAUAAGAUCACAUUGUUUAUGUGGCAUUUAUACUGUAAUAAAUGGAAAAAUAACCUAAUGA